GGAGCUCCACCUUCCAGCUCACUCUUCAGCUCUGCUCCGGCGCAGUGCAGCCAGUCUUUAGUGCUCUUUUUGUUUUUUAUUAGUUUUUUUUUUUUUUAAAGAUCAAUUUUUAAAAGAAAAAAGGGGUCGAUAGUUGUUCCAUCAGCAUGGGAGCACAGAGCUCAGCGCAGCGGGACGGGAAGAGCCAGGAGGAGGAUGCGUCAGCUUCAGCUUCAGCCUCCGGCGGGGAGCUGAGCGCAGAGGUGAAGGUGCUCCAGGACAGCAAGCCUUUGGAGAAAAAUGGACAAAUCUCCAGUUUGACCAGUCUGAAUGGACACUCGGAGGACAACACGUUGGCAGAAGUUGGCCAGCCAGAUGGUGGAUCUGUGGGCCAGAAGGAGGACUCGCCUGAUACCACAGAAACCACCCAGGUCGAAGCGACUCCACAAGUGAACGGCGAGAAGAUGGAAAAAGAAUCCCCUGAAGCGAAUGAGAUUUCUUCWGUCGAAGAGAAGGCGACAGAAGAAAAACCAGACAAUGCUGGUGAAGUCGGAUUCAAGAAGAUCUUCAGCAUCGUGGGCUUGAAAUUCACACUGAAGAAGGACAAAAGUGAAGAGGCGGACCCUGUGAAGCUACUGAUAGUAAAAGACAAAGAGGGAGACGACGUCAUUGAGACAGAAGAACCUGCAAAAGACAAAGAAACCGAAGAGAAAGCCACAUGUGAAGAAAAGAAGGCUGACACAGAGGCGUCCAAUGCUGAAGCAGACAAAACUGAAGCCUCCGAUGCCCAACUCGAAGGCGCCGCUGCCGAGGCCGCUGACGACAACGUCAAAGAGGAGGGAGCUGAGAAAGAAGCAGAAACCACUUCUCCAACCAAGGAGACAGGUGUGUCCUCUUUUAGGAAGCUCUUCUCUGGGGGACUCUUCUCAAACCUGCGGAAAAAAACCAGCAUCAAAAAGACAAAAGAGGAGGAGGAAAAAGAGGCCGCUGCAAAGGAGGAACCAGCGAAGACUGAAGAAGCUGCCGCUGAGGAAAAGGAAGAGAAAGAUGCUGCAGAGCAGGAAACAAAGGAGGACAAUGUGAUGGAGAAAGAAACACGAGAUGAAAAAGAUGUGAUAGAUGAGAAAACCAAGGAGGAGAAUGCCGAGACAGAACAGGAAACUAAGGAGGAAAAAUCCCCAACUCAAGUGGAGGAGAAGUUARAGUCCAAGGAAGAUGCACCAACCACCAAAUCAGAUGCUGUUUCAGAAAAGAAAGACGAAGCUUCUGCUUCCCCUGAAAGUACUACUGAAACCAAACAAGAAGACCAAAAGGUAGAAGAGAAGGUUCAAGCAGAGGCAACAUCUGAAACUGAGCACCAGGAGAAGUCAAAGCCCCACGGAAGCCCACUGAAGAAACUCUUCACUGGAGCUGGCCUGAAAAAACUCUCAACUAAGAGACAAAAGAUCAAGAAAGAGUCAGAGUCAAAACCAGCUGAAUCCGGCGAGCAGGCGGCCGAGCAACUGCAGUCCUCCAAUGAGUCUGAAGAGGGUCCUAAAGCCGACAGCGGACCCUCAUCUCCAGAAACAUCGGGGGAACACGUUCUCGCWGUGGAGGUGAACCAAAACGAGUCCAGCCAAGAAACUGAAAGUGAAGUUACAGGUGACGGUGAGAAGAAAAAAGACGGCAUCAUCGCCUCGUUCAGGAAACUCGUAUCACCCAAAAAAUACGUCAAAAGGUCUUCUGAUAGUGAAGACGAGGGCACGAGUGAUAAAAUGGCCAAAUCGGCCACGUUGUCYUCUUCUGAGAGUGCUCCGCUUGCAGAAAAGGUUGUUGAAGAGAAAGAGACUAAAGAAGAAAAGGUUUCAGAGGAAGAGCUGAAGACGGAAAACACAGAGAAGCUGACCAGCAGCACCGAGGAGCCCAAAAAGAAAAUGGACACCUCUGUGUCCUGGGAGGCUUUGAUGUGCAUGGGUGGACCCAAAAAGAGGAUAAGAAAGACAUCUGAUUCAGACGAUGAGGAGACCAAGGCAGAAGAGGAGACUGCAGGAGAAAAAGUAGAGGAAGGUAAAGAAGAAGAGAAAACAGAGGAUGCUGAUGUUCCUCCCCAAAGCCCAGAGAUUGAAGAGGCGAUCCCUCCUGCACCKGAGCCUGUGAGAGAGUCCCCCUGGAACACACUGAAACGCUUAGUAAUGCCAAAAAAUAGGCCCAAAAGUGAAGAAAAGCCUGAGGAGCCUGCUGAACAAGUCCAACCAGACACUGAAACCCAAAAAGAGGAGUCCUCUUUCUCCCUGAGGAAGCUCUUUCAUGGGCGCAGAAAGAAGGUGGAAAAACAAGCUUCCUCUGACCAGGGCUCAGGCGAAGAGGACUCUGACACUCCCGCCGUAGUUCCUCUUACCGAGUACGAGGAGCGAGCCGAAGCACAGCAGGAAGCACCAGCAGAACCAGCUGCCGUCCAGGUUAAAGUAGACGCUGACGACAGGUCACCGUCAUGGAUCCCAGCCGUUGUCGAGGACGACAAACACGACCAGCUCAGCGACAUCCCGGAGGAGGUCGAAAAUUCAGCCACGCCAAAAUCCGUCGACACUGACGUUGCGGACGAUGAAGCCGAAGACCAGGCUGCACCACCCAAAGGUUCGAGGAGCUCAGAGCGCCGGCUGUCCACCGCYGAAGUGAAGCCCAUAACCCCGGCUCCAGCUGCAGCGACCUCCCCUGUUCCUCAGGGACCCAAGACRCAGACCGCAGAUGAGGUCGUUAGUGGAAUCGAGGCCCAGGUCGGUGAAAUUCCAGCUCAGAUGUCUGUGGCUCUUGAAGAUGCUCCACUGCAUGUYGCGACGGCAGAAACAGAGCCCGCAAUAGAAACUGAGACAGCCGUAUGUGUGACAAAAGCCAUCCUGGAGCCACAUGCACAAAGCGAGGUCGUGGCCAUCUGCACGGGACUCCAAACCACGGAGACCGAAGAUGUCCCUGUGGAGCAGCCGGUUGAGCCUACCGUAGAGGGUGUGGUGCCCGUCAGUGAUGCCACAAGUGUGGAGAUGGCCGUGGAGCAAAAGUCAGACGAAUUGGAAGAAGCAGWCACUACAGUAGACCCUGUACUCAAGGCUCAAGUCUACCAGGUACAAACCAUUGAACUUGAACCUGUUGCAGAAACAAUAGUGGGUGAAGUUGACGUUCAAGCCGCCACUGAGAGUUACGAACCUGAGGCUGAAAAGGCCGGAGCUGUCGGCACCGAGAACGCCGAGGUUAUCCACCCCACAACGCUGAAGCAGAACUCCCCUAAAACUAUGACGGUCGAUCCUAUCACACCAACACCCGAAACAGCCGUAUGCACCCAGACCGUGGAAGUCUCCGAGGUGACCGUAGAGACCAAAGAAGGUAACGUGGACACGGAGCAGCAUGCUGCCGAUGGAGAAAACACCCCAGCAGGAGAGAUGAUUCAGGCAGUGGCUCAAGAGGUUUCAUCCACAAUGUGUGACGCAAAAGAUGACAGAAAAUGGGCUGCAGUGCCCAGCGAGGACAACGCUGUCAUCACAGAGACGGUGGUCCUCGUUGCUCCGGAUGACACAAAGGCUGACAAAGAAACAAUCCAGGAACAGAAAACUGACAGCGAAAUCGAAACUCAGAGCGCGGUGAUCGCUGAGGCUGUGAUUAAAGAUGCCGUGGGUAAAGUUUUAGAAGACGUUCCACAACCCAAAAAGUCAACGGCCGUCAUCCCAACUCCCGUCACGGCAACGGCAACGACCGACAUCGCAACCGAGCCAGUUGUUAUCACUGAAACCCCCGUUCCUGUUAUCUGUGAAGAACCGUCCACAAAGUCACCUCCGACACUUUGUGUCGCCAUGGAGGUCACUGAGACCGUACCACUGGAGGUCACGCAAAGCAUCGUAGAGGAGGACAACCAGGAGGAGAAACCAGAAAGAAGCUUAAAGAUGGCUGAGGAGGUGGAAGUAAGCAAGGAACCCAUCGUCGAGGAGGAAGUCACAGAGAUUGAGGCAGAGGCUGAUGGAGAGAAGGAGGAGAGCAAAGAGUCUCUGGAGCCAGAAGAGAAAGAAACUGACCAGGAAGUCAAGUCAGAGCUCGACGAGAACCAGCCGGAGGAGAAAACGCAGAAAGUCUGCGAGCUCCACAUGCCGACCCAGGUGAUCCUGCAGUCGGCGGAGGUGGUCGAGGAACCGCCUGUGAACGUGGAAAUCGCCGCAGAGCUCGACAAAGACGUUUCUGACACCAGCGCAGCGUCCGAGGAGCCGUUGAGACAAAAACUCUCGGACCUGCYGGAAGAAGAGGCGGCUGCAGGAGAGGCAGAAACGGAGAAAGACCCGUCGGCGAAGUGCGCGGAAGUGAUGGCGCAGGUGAUCGAGGUGAUCGAGGAGGCCGUGAAGGAGAUCGAGCCUGUGUCCGCGGAGAUCACAGCAGCGUCAUGAACAGAUGAAGACGCAGGACCGACGACCUGGGAGGCGAACCAUCUGAACCAGGAAGUGACGUGCGGGAGUGUGAGGGGGGUGGGGGUUGCUCCGCUGUAACACACACACACACACACACACACACACA